CAAAACAAAGUAAUUUGCAAUCCAAGUUUUGUUUUUUUUUUUAAAUUAAGUUUUUAAACUAUGAAAGCUGAUUGCAUCGACGAAGUUUCAAGAUCUUGGACUGAUGAUCUACCAAAGUGUAAGAACACUGGAGCCGGCACAGCCAAACGAGCACCCCAAUGGGGUGGAGGCGGCGGCGUUGGUAACGAAGGACACAGCUCUCGCAUUAAACGAAUAUCCGAUUGCAGUUUUUACUGCGAGGUCAAUGAGAAUACAAGUCUGUAUGCAAUAUUCUCCGGACACAAAGGACAAAAAGUUGCCAAAAUGGCAAUGCAACGAAUAGCAGCUGAAAUAAUUCUAGGCCAACUAAUAGACAAACGGACGGAUGAAGAAGUCCACGACGUCCUACGUCAAGCCUUCCAAACAGUUGAAAAAUCAUAUCAGGAAUCGAUUGAUGGUCUUCUAGCGAAAUAUGCCGUUCUGAGGUGUCAGAUAGCAGAUAACGUAGGUAUCUAUGAGGAGAUAGUGAGGAAUCUAGAAUCCAUUGAACAAGAACUGGCCAUAGGUGCUAGUGCUGCUAUAUGUCUCAUUUACAACUCGCGUUUAUUCAUAUGCAAUGUUGGCACUUGUAGGGUACUUCUUUGUCGCACCGACGCCAACCACACUUCUAGAGCUAUCCAGUUUUCUGUUGAUCAUAACUUGUUGAAUGAAGAUGAAAUUCUGAGACUCACUCAGCUAGGUGUUGAUGUCUCCCAAUUGAAACGCUUUGAUAUGUUUAACACUCGGUCGAUUGGGUACUAUCUCGGCAAAGGAGGUUACAAGGACUGCCACUACCUGGCGAAUGCCAGUGCUGAGCCCAUAACUGCUCAACCAGAAAUCGUGGGGGGAAUCACAAUUGAUCCGUCGUUUCAGUUCCUGCUGCUCAUGUCCAGUGGAACCUGCAAGUAUCUCCAAGAAAUUUACGCCGGUGAUACCACUCAAGAAAAUAGACAAAUCGUUCAGAUGUGUGCCAGAGAACUGCAGGCCAAUCACGAGGAUCUCACAGACGUUGCUCAAGCCGUAGUCAAUAGUAUUGUCCAACAACACCGAGAAACAUGUGAAAAUGGAGGAAGACGGUCCAAUGAUGAUUUGACAAUUUUGUUGAGAAAUUUCAACACCAAACGCACCAACCGAGUCAUGUUUAAUUCUCUUGUUCAGGAAAUACGAAACGAUUUGACUAAUUGCAGUGUGGAAACAUCGGGCUCGAUGUAUGAACCAUCAGAAAUAGGAACGAAUAUGACGGAAACCGGCUCCAUUACAUCACAAACAAGUUGUUCGAGUCAUUUUGGGGAAGUCCAGAGAGUCACACCAUAUGUGGAUUUUUCACAGUACUACGAGAAUGUUAGAGUUGCCAGACAAAAGGGGACACUGCCAGAAGGAAUAAAUUUUGAUUGAUGUUUCAUAGUUAGAAUUAUUAUUGUUGUUAAAAUAAAUUGUUAUUUGUUGUUAUGUGUUA